CAGUUAUUGUCAGUGAAUGAGACAGUCUCUGUUGCUCCUCAUCAGUCCACUACAACAUACAGUUAUGCAUUAAUAGGUUUAUACAGUGGUAUGAAUUAUACUGCCACAGUGAGAGCUGGUAAUGUACUGGGAGAAUCUGGCAAUAGUUUAAUUAAAGGAAAGACAAAUUUUUCAAAAGCUCCUACUGGUGUAGCUAAUUCUCUCUCACUUGUACAACCAGGUAAUAAUCUCACUUGGAAUGAAGUCAAUUGCUCUAAACGUAAUGGUCUAAUCACAGGCUAUAUAGUGAUGAUCAGUAACAGUAGUAUCACAUACAACCUCACCAGUACUGGGAGAUAUAUUAUAUUGAAUGGUCUAGUAUUUGGUACUGAGUAUAACUUCAGUGUAGCUGCUGUCAAUUCUAUUGGAAAAGGUCCUUUGAGUGAUCCUAUUGCAGUAGAGAUUGGAAUAGUACCUGGUCCAGUCGGUUCAAUAUCCAGUAUCAUGGACACUACAUGGGCUGUUAUCUCAUGGAGUGUACCUAGUUAUAUUCCAUCAGACUAUCCCAUUGUCACAUAUGAGAUAGGGUAUCAUGUCUUACUGUCUGGUAAUUGUUUGAUGGCAUAUGAUGACGAGUACAUUAAUACUGAAAUAUUACAACUUUGUAAUUCAAGCAAUGGCAAUACAUUUAUUAACAUUACUGGUCUGAAUGAUAU